AUGGAAGGCGCGGGCAAGCGAAAACGUGCCGAUGCGGGGUCGCCACCGACGCCAUCUUCGACGGGUGCACAACCAGAGGGGAAGCGGUCUCGGAGGGAGCGGAGGCCUUCAGCGCGGUUUCUGGAACGGGAUGUGGGGAACAGGGGAGCCUUUCAAAGGGGAGGGAAGCGGGCCUCCAAAGGGCCAAAGGUCCCUCCGAAGAACGCCAGCACCACCGUCGACGACCUCAUUCAUCGUGAGAACGGUGCACCCUCCACGAAGCCCAAGAUCGUCAGCCCUAAAGUCAUUGAAUAUAUCGACAUUAGCGACGACGAUGAUGAUUCACCGCCAACACAGCGAACUCCGCCAGCCCCUACGAACCGGGCUCAGAUUGAGUGCAUCGAAAUCGACGAUUCUGACGCGGAGGGCUCGUCCUGCGCUCUGUCGCCUACCUCUGCGCCAAUGACUCCGGGAAAUAUGUCUAAUCGCGACGUUCCCUGCUCUUUGCGCUCCGAAGAACCGCCUCCACCAGACCUUGACCCCGCGCCUUCUUCUGCUACAAUCACCGUCGCUGGUCCCUCUGCUUCUUUGUCUUCAAGCUCCACGAGCACGGCACCUCCGCGCUUUAAGCAUAAGGCCGACGCGCUGACAGCUGGAGUCAUCGAACAACCUUCCCAAUUCCUACGCGACGUUCAGUCUCUGUUAAAGGAACGUCACUCGCAUAAUCCGUCCAGCCAGAUCGCCAGACAAGUGAACUAUCACGACUUCAGCUCCAGCAACACACAACCUCCACCUCUAUUUCAGUCAUGGGUCGAUAGACUAAUCCAGAAAUCCGGCUCAUGA